CCGGAGGCGCCGGAGAAGGCGUCGGCACUGACAGAGACUACGGCGACAAUUGGCAAGGCGAAAGAGGUGUGGGGUAGGAGUUAUGAGUACAAGUGUUUGUCUAUCUCCUUCUCUAAAAAAGCUUCUCCAUUUACAGCAUUUUUGACUACGAAAAUGAAACAAGACCUUUGAGGUAGAAAGAAGGCACUGCUACUUCUUUUUUUCUUUUUAGACUAAGCAGCUUAGGGCACCCCUUUUGUUAGCCUUACAAGUAAGAAAAACGAUGAUUGAAGAAGCACUCGAAGCAGGCGCCCCGUCCUUAGAGUCACUAAAUCACAAUGCGCCAGUAUAUCAGACACUCUGCGUUCUCCUUGAUACCAACUUAUUGAGUUCUUCGCACCAGGAAAAUGAAGACCUUGAGCUUGAACUUCUUUUGGCUUAGUUAAGCCUAUAGUGGAGGGAGUGAAAGAACAUACCUGCUGAUAUCUAGAUAACAUUAAGCCUAUAGUGGAGGGAGUGAAAGAACAUACCUGCUGAUGUAAAGAUAACAUUAAGCCUAUAGUGGAGGGAGUGAAAGAACAUACCUGCUGAUGUAAAGAUUACUUCUGUUUGUUGCUCUAAACCAAUCAGCCGCAGGAGAGGGAGACAAUGGCAAAAGCGAUCAACGAUCUUUUUUUAGGGCAUGAUGAGUCAAAAGGCAUGGCAACGGCAGAGAACUUUGACGUACUAACUUAGUGACUCUUCUUGCACACGCCUUCUAACGAAGAUUAUUCUAGGAGAGCUAUAUUGUGGGUGAUUCAAUGCAGACUUCUCACGAAGGUUCUACUAGUAGUAGGAGUACUAGUAGUAGGAGUACUAGUAGUAGUAGUUAACCCGUUCGAUCUCUCUGCAUCACAGGAAAACAUCAAGUUGAUCGCGGAAAAGUUAAUUGCAAUGGAGGCAACGAAAUUGAUCGCGGUGCGGAUGUUGUCCCGAGGAUUCGAUGCCGCGCGUGGAAAUGACUUUGUGAAAAUGGCUCAGGUAUUUCUCUAGCUUUGUGGAAAUAACUUUGUGAAAAUGGAUUACAUACUUCUAUCCAACUAUUAAUAUCGAGUUCUUGUUAGAUAUUAUAGAGUUGUUGUUAGAUAUUAUCGAUGAUAAUAAUAAUAAUGAUUACAUGUUUUUCUCACAUAAUGAUUAAAGCAAGGCCUCAUCCUUCUUUCUCAAGCCUGAAUCAUUCUAGCACUUACCUCACGCUUUACUCGUUCUUACACUCUAUUUAUUUGUUUGAUAUUGAUUCCUACUAUAUCAUCUCAUCGUCGGUGGAGUAGGUUUUUUGACCCUCUAACAAGGUUAACAAGGUUAUUUGACAAAGGGUGAACAACAAGCAAAGGACUGCAUCAACCCACCAUCAAGCUAGACAAAUUCUAACCUAUAGUGACGAAGUUGAAGAUCCUCCUGGUUUUCACUAUGAAGUAGUGUUUGUGAACACUGGAGUGACAUGACAUUACUAGGAUCAUCAUCUUGAUCUUCUUCAUCUUCUUAUUUCUGUCAUUUGCAGAACAGGGGAACUGGAUCAAGUAGCACACCAUGAAGAAGCUGAAGGGUGACCCAUAGUGCUGAAGAUCCACCUUUUGCACUACAAGAACUCUAUGUAUCCACCUUUCGGACCUCUUUCGAAUGGUCUCAAAGAUGAUUUGGCAGUUAAUAUAAGUUGGACAAAUAGUAGUAACUCGACGCUUCGACUGCAGACGAAAACUUUUCUAUCAGGAAUUUUUCAACGCACUUGGGGCGGCAUAUGGUGGAGUUACGGCAAGAGAGGGAGUCCUUAACAAUAGCCUAACAUUAUUGUUGUGCAACUUCUUGUGGACUUGACCCCCUGAUUGGGUUUCCUACUACUACUAAUGCUACUAAGUUGUAUCCGGUAGCCCCUAUACCUCAAGAAUAGGCAAUUCAGUCAAUCACUCAACAAGGGGCAUACAUGAGAGACCGGCUAACGAGAAACUGAGCAAGCUUGUCGAUAAAGAACAAGCUUAACUUCAUCGAAGACAUGCAAAAUGAGACAACUAGGAGAUCUCUCUUCAAACUAGCCAAGACAUCUUUCGUGAAGCCACGCUAUAUCUACAACUAGAAGAUCCUUCUUCAAACUAGCAUAUACGUGGAGCCAAGACAUCUUUCGUGAAGCCACGCUAUAUCUACAAAAACUAGGAUAUUCUCUUUCUUCAAGCUAGCCUAUAUCUUCUACAACAAGCCUAUAUCUCGCAGGGCCUAUAUUUUCUACAACUUUCUGGGAGGUAGAGCAGAUUCUUCAGACUAGCUCUAAGAAUCAAGCGAAUUCUGUGCGCGAUGGAGGUGCUUCGGAGCCUUUUAGCCUGAAUGGCAGGCGCCCCCAGCCCAUGACUUAUGGUCUCACGUAUAACAGCUUGUUUUUCUCCAUGCCUUAUCGCUCUAUCGACAGCAGCUGUUGUACUAGAUUCAUUACGUAGUUCUACUUAACAGCAGCUGUUGUUGUACAAGUAGAUUGGUUCUUACAUUCUGCAUUGAACAGCUGCUGUUGUACUAGUAGUAGAUUGGUUCUUACAUUCUGCAUUGAACAGCUGCUGUUGUACAACUAGGCUCACUACGCUCUCUUGAACAGCAGCUGUUGUACUAGAUCGAUUACAGUCUGUAUUGAACAGCAACAGAAGGGGCAGGGGACUCCAUACUAGAUCCAACUGGAGUAGAUUGUGCUAGACUUACAUCUGCAGCUAGGCAGUUGGAGUGGAUCCUUGGCUAAUAUCUUGCGAACUACAGCGUAGCUUUUUUACAAUGGAAUUUACUUUUUUUUCCUUUCUCUCUUCAUCUUCUCUUUUUCCACCUCCUCAUCGAUGGCGUGAUGUCAAUAAUGGCCUACCACACCGUAAGAGUGAAAGAAUUCUCACUACUGAUUGUUCAAGCAAUCAGUCAAUUCUCACUACUUAUUGUUCAAGCAAUCAGUCAAGGAGUCAGUUCCUCAAUGAUAAAAACCCGCUAUAGUCGUCCGCGUUCGUCCAUCUGCUAUUCAAGAUGGAGUCCUUCCUAUCCUAUCCUAUCCUAGCCCCUCUUAUCCUAGCCCCUCUUAUCCUAUCCCCUCCUAUUCCAUCCGAUCCUAUCUCCUCCUAUAUCCUAUCCUAUCUCCUCCUAUCCCUUGGCUGAGGACGAAGGUCUGUAUCCUAUCCUAUCGCCUCCGAUCCUUUCCUAUCCUUUCCUAUCCUAUCCUAUCCUAUCCUAUCCUAUCCUAUCGCCUCCGAUCCUAUCCUGUCCUAUCUACUUAUCCAGUCCUAUCCUAUCCCUUGGCCGAGGACAAGGAUCCGUAGUAGAUAUCCUCUCCGACAAAGAUCUGCAUCCUGUCCUAUCCUAUCCGGGCUACAAACUCUCUCUAAUCGCAGUUCAAAGCUGGAGUUAGUAGACAGGGACACCUCAGUUUUUCGUCACAUCUGAAGAAUGACCCCAAUUCGCUUUUCGACCUGCAGAUGGACAUCAUUAAGGCAACGAACUGAGCUGCUGAUGCUGAACUGACGAGUAUUAAUCUGAUACUGACUCGAGUAGGCACGACCGCUGUGACACGGCCCAAAAGCCCGACUAAUCGGGCCGCCGACGUCGCCCACUGAUUGACUCUUGACUUGAUGAAUCUGACGAAUGGACGACUCAGCAACGAAUGGAUGACUUCUGAGUGGGUUAUCGAGUGAGUGACUGAAUGACUCGCAGAGUCUAAUAUCUUGUAUCAUUUAAACUGGAUUACCGAGUCUAGUUUUUGUUUUUGGCUCUUCGGUAACCAACCAUGUCUACAUCUAGUGAACCAGGUAAACCAACACCUAUGUGAACGUAUAAGAUCACUCACCGAAUAAAAUAGGUGCGUGAUCUCUAUAGCGACGAACCUACUGGAACUAUUUGAACCGAGUCUAGUAUGAAGAUCAUUUGGAAUACUACGUUACAUGUAAAUUAAGUUAUAUGUCGCUCAAGCGUCAAGAGAUACCUCCAGAACAGGUAAAUGAAUGAAUGAAUGAAAUAUCCAACUGUGGUUGAUAUAUUUGGAAUUCCGACUACAGCACUCACCCUCUAAUAUAAAAAUCGGGGACGGCAAGAUGGGCAGCAUCUGGAGAACAUUCAAGGCGGUCACGCACCAGGAGUUGCCGGGGUAUCGCUAUCUCUUGAUGUAGACACAUCCAGUAUCUACUAUUUACUGAUGAAAAAUCUCGGGAGUGUUGCUAUUUCUCUACGAUUUACUAUUGAUCUACGUGAUGAUUUUACUGCGGGAGUAUCGCUAACGACUAUCUACGAUCUCACUCAAUAGUGCUACAUCACAUGAUUGAUCAUUUUCAGUAAUUUAAAUUUUCAGUAAAAAUUCAUCUUCAUCGAGAGUAAUUCUUCUCAACAGUGGCGACGAAAUGAAUAAGUUUGACCUGUUGGAGUUCCUCGUAUACUCCGCGCACCAGAUUUGCCCCUCAAAUUAGGACUACGAAGUUUUUCCACGGUUCCUAUAUCCGGUAUUGGAUUUUUUGUAUCGUUGCAGGUAUGUUUAUUUAUUUUUAUACUUUUUUCAUCCUUUGUCUCUUGGCCAGUUUUUUUGGAUCUACCUUUUUCAUCCUCAUGUAAAUUUGGCGUACUCAGUUGUCCAUCUCUUGUAACAUGAAGCGACUUACCUUUUUUCUUUUAUCGUAAUCAAAGAGAACUCAGGGACUUAGCUGUACUACCUAUCGAUUAGCAAACUACUACCUGGAAAAGAGUUUCCCUUUCUUAUAACAACUACCUAGGAUUAAGGGCUAGGGCUCCCACAUUGGAUCCCGCAAUACCCUUCUUAUGAUUUGAUAUUUCCUGAGAAUAGAAAAGUAGAAGGCAGCGAUGUUCUGAAGAAUGCAAUGGCGUAGCCUGGAAGUAGCAAACAGGACCUCCUUUGUUCGAAUUUCUUUUAUAUUGAUGUUGGCAUAUACUAUUAUGCAUUUAGUACAGUAUAGUAGCUUACUUCUUCACAAUCAUACAUACUUCUAGUUGCUUCAUCUAGUUGCGAUAGCAAUAUGGCAGGUUCUUGUACUCGGGCGUCAUCCUCCUGCUUGCCAAAGCACUAGCUUCGUUCUAUUUAUAUAUAGUAAGCACAAACUCCUUCAUUGGGAUUAUCCUCCUUUCAUCUUGUCUUCUGCUUUCUUCUUCCGCUUAGCUCUCUUCUACGGUGAGGCCUCGGGUGGCAGAAGUGUAGAUCUAAUUAGUUCUUAUCUUUAUUGUUUACAACACUAUAAGCUACUCCCUUCCCCUCAUCCUACUGACAUGAGCAUUCACAUCUGGGGUUACAACUUUUUAUCUAAUAAGAAGGAAGUGCCAACUUCUUCAUUGGGUACAAAGACUACUACGACUAUUACUAAUACUACUACUACUAAUACCACUAAUGACUACUACUGUUACUAAUACUACUAAUAACUACUACUAUUACUAAUACUACUAAUAGCUACUACUUCUGCUCUCCACACUCGUUUCUUCCUAUGUAUAGUAAGUACCAACUUCUCCUCCAUCUCCCUCAUCAUGAACUGGUAGCUUAUAAUUCCUAACAACUGGAUAUUGCUUUCGGUUUUCCCUAUCGUAAAUAAGUGCCAACUUCUUCAUAAUUCGAAACAACUGGAUAUUGCUUUCGUUUCUUCCUAUAGUAAGGAGCAACUUCUCCAUCUCCCUCAUCAUGAACUGGUAGCUUCUUCGAAAGAUAUUACUUGCACAUUCCAACUUCUUAGGCAUUGGAGGACUGGCAUUACGGUGUCAAUGUUUAUCUCGAAUCCCGUACCAAGGCGUACAGAGACAGGUUAAGGCUACAUGUAAUUCGUCUUUUGGCGCAUCCUUGAAAAGUAUGGAUAAGAGGGCAUCUAUCUUUUUAUUGGUACUAUUUAUUUCUGUAUUUUAUUAGAAGGCACUAUUUCUAUUGCGUACAUGAGUGAAUGAAUGAAUGAAAAGGGGUGAAAUCCUAGGAGAAAUGCCUGCAACUAAUUCAAGAAGAUGCUACACUCCAUGAGUGGGCACAUCAGGGCAUAUUUCUAUAUUAUCAAUUUGUAUUGGUACAACUAUUUAUUUCUUUUCUGCGAAACAGUCACACUUUCUUACAAACAAACUUUCAAUUAGCAAGGCCUGUGAUGAUGAGUGUGGUCGCUGCUAUCUUGGGUCGUAUAUGGUCAACUAUUCUCGUGCGAUACUCUUCAAGGAUGCAGUAGAAAGAUGAACUUGGAGAGCUCUAAACAAGCAGACGGACCUGGCGAAGGCGAAAGCUGCUUUUAAGGAUCACGCGAAAGACGAUCAUCUCAGAGAAGCGUUCCGACAUCUCCUUACCGUGUUCUUAUGAGGAGCAAGACUAAUAUUAUAAAGAAGCGUUUUUAAUGGAUAGCCACGCUGAAACCCCAAUUAGGUGGUUAUGCCAACGUUCUCGGAGUGCUGUUUUAAGUACUCAAAUCCUAUGGUCCUAUCUCACCCCUAGGCUAUGCAUUCCGAUUCCGAGUCCUAUGUAUUUUCUCACCCCUAGGCUAUGCAUUCCGAUUCCGAGUCCUAUCCUCUUAAUACCCCUAUGCAUAAUUCCGAGUCCUAUCCUUACAGCCCUAUUUUUCAUCGACUCUAUAAUCUACUUAUUUGCGGAUCAUGCUUGCAAAUGAGAUUCCUCUGUAGUUUCAAAGUCGCUAGUCCUAUUGUAUUCGGUGACAUUUCCGGCAACAGCGCCUUCUCAUAGAAGUCCUCCUUUUCUUGAAUCCCUUUUGAAUUUCAAGUUCGGGCCCAAUUCCUAGUAUUGAAAAUUCCAUACUUAUACUCCUCUUUCAUAUGUUUCCUACUUUUCAAUCUAGAAGUCUCCUUCUACUUAUCAAUCUAGAACAAGCCCUACACAUUAUACUCCUCUUUCAUGUAAUUUCGGUCAUCCUCCGGAUCAUUCGGCUUAUCGGCGCAUGAAAAUCACGGUGAAGCGCUACAUCACAGACGACGGCUUGUGGGAAAUGCUGAAAACCGUCCUCGAAAAAUACGACAUCUUCGGAUUGCUCUUUAUGAUCUCACGAAGCACGUUACAAGCGAAAAUAGUAUUUCUCGACUUGUCAUCAUCUAGUGUUUUGCUGUAGAAAUUCAGAGUGGAAGUUUAGUAGAUUGAGAAGGGAAGAUGAGGAGAAAGGAAGAAAGAUAUGCGAAAUCUCAAAAUAUGCAAGUAAAUUCGAGGAUAGUCCUUUCCUCGGUCAUUUUAGUUUUUCGAAUAGACAUUCUGCCGAUUGCAGAAAAGCUGCGCUGUACCUAGUGGGUAGCGACGAAAGGGCUUACUUCGUAUAUAAAUACAGAUGACAACUUUCAACAUCUUCUAAUACCAGUCAACGAGAAGAAGACCACAUAGGUGCAAGCGCGACUCGCGAUCAACAGAAUAUUCCAGCUGUCCCAGCUCCAGGGGGAGGACAAGCACCGAAACCUGGUCGGGCAGAUUCUUAUGAUUUAAGGCUGAUUUCCUCACUGUUCAUCGUCCUAGACUAGUUCUUAUAGGCUAGUUCUUCUAUUUGGAUUCUGUACCUACAUUUAGAAGACCUAGCCUAUAAGAACUGGGGAUACACUAUACCUACAUAUAUGUAUGAUAGAGCAGUUUAUAGCACGCAUGGCGCAUGGAGUAGCAUGGAGCGCAGAUCUCUAAGGGACGCAAGAAGCGCCCCCUUUAGCUCCAUGCAGCUCCAUGCACUCCAUGCCAUGCGAGCUGGCGAACCUUAUAAAUUGCUCUGGUAGAAGAACUACGGACAUGUAUAGAGCUAGGGAUCUGUAUAUGCGGGAUACUAUACCUACGCAUGAUAUCUUCAUAGAUUAGCAUUUCUUCGUUGGAUUCUGAUCCUUUCCUUUUUGAAUACCAGUCAGUCAAUCGAAUGUAGAAAAGCUAAGCUCUUGAGAAACUGAAGUUGUGGAUGAAUUAUUGGGAGCUCUAACCUCUACACUGGCUGGGCUACUCGAGGCACAUCCUCACCUUGCCGGAAAAGUCCCUUCAUCUGAUGAAGUAGAGGAACUUGUGGGCUCAGCGGCGCCACCCUUCAACAUUUUAAGGAUCUCGAUACUAUUCAUCUUUAUAGAAUAGUACUUCUCCUUUCGUUUCCUUUCACGUGAAAGAAUGACGCAAAUCCUUCUGCUCAGACUAUGGGAUUAGAAAGUCACUUGAUUAAGCAGUAAGAGUAUGACAUCAAGACUCUGAAGUUGUGGACGAAUUGUUGUGAGCUCUAAUCUUCAACAACUUUGAUUGGGAUUUACACGGGGACACGGUUGUUGACGCAUCCUUCCUAUCAGGAGUAGGCAACGGAGGUAUAGAGGAGGGCCAGCGCAGCGACGGAGUCCAGCCAGACCCGAGGGCUGACGACGACGUCGUACUGGUCUAGAAAACCAGAGUGCACUCGUCCGGAAGGGGUACUAUUCCUAGUACUUGAUUUGAUGAUAAUAUUCAAUGUAUUUGGUUGCUGCGUUCUUGAUAUGAAAAAAUCAAACUAGGUCUUAUUCUUAUAUAGCAUGGACAAGCACGACACAUAUAACUACAUGACUUAAAAACACUCAACCUAAGGUUGACAACCUUAUUUGUGAUUUACUAAACCUUAUUUGAUUAUACUUAGCGUUGUCACUCUUUGACUCCCUCUCCAGGUUUCCGGCAGUGCUAGUAAGUGGCAAUAGUUUUCGGAAUUUUUAGUGGAUUUUGCAAUUGAUGCUAGUGGUUUUCACGAUUUCUAGCGGUUUGCGCAAUUUCUAGUCCUGGUUCCGGAGAAUUCUUGGAGGCUUACUUUUCCGAGGUACUAGAGAAGUGGCUUUCGAAGCCACGAGUAGUUUUAUUCGGAGACUACUGCUACUUAGCAGGAUUUGUCAGGGGUAAGGAGGAUGCUUGGCAUUUUUUCAGGGGUGAAAGAAUUAUUAUGUCCAGCAGAGCUAGGGAGGAUGCUUGGCAUUUUUUCAGGGGUGAGAUUUUUUCAAGUUGUUGAGGCUCUUUCCUGGGAGAAGGCUUUUCCUUCGAGAAGGGCUCAGAAAGUAGAUUCUUAGUGAAGGGCAUUUCCUUCGCCUUAAAAUCUACAUCAGUCUUUGCAGAAAGCAGUGUCUAUUGAGUACGUAUUCAUCCAGCAACAGCAGCACUAGGGAAAGAGCAAACAUAUUUAUCAGAGUAAGCAACUUGAGAAAGGAAGAGGAGACUUAUACAUAGUAUCUAUCUAUCACAAGAGUAUGCAGCUCCAGUCCCACAGGUAGUUGUCCUACAGCUAUAUCGUCCCACAGGCAGAAGUGAUAAGUGAGAGUACAGGUCAACGCAGUUGGCGUAGUGGUUUGCGCGUUGACUUGUGCACUUGUCAGGAAGUCCUACAGCUCGAUCGCACAGAAUGGGACACGCAGAGAGAAACGAAUAUGCAACUUCAUUACACAGAGAUCUCAGCAUCAAAGAUUUUUCUCAGAUUCAAUUUACAAUCACUACAACAUCCUACGAACUUAUCAACAAGAGUACUACGAUCCACGACGCACAAUACUGACUAGUAUCUAUUAUAAUGACACAAACUACUUGAACUAAGUUCUUGCACAUCAAUAUCAACGUCCAAAUUACACACUUCGCAUCGUGAAAUCGUGAAAACAAGUAUGAUCAAAGCAGAGUCUACUAAAUAGGUACAUCCCUAAUUAAAAAUAUCGAUAGAAUCCAAACAUCGAAGAUCGAUAACGAAUAAAAAUCAUCUACUCCCAAUCUCCCAAAUCUUUCAUAAGCAAUGUCACAGAUGGUCCUCGCAGUAUGUUGAACAAAUUUGAACAGGUAUACAAGUUGAAUAGGUAAAUGCAAAGAUAUUUAGAGAAUAUUAGCAAAGAGAAUAGUACAACUAGAGCAUGAACGUCGCUACAACAAUUUAUUGUUUCUAUCACUAUGUUGUCAUGAGCCAGUUACUAUGGCUAUCACUGCACUUAAAUAGAAUUUAUAGGAGGGGUUAAACUCUGUCUCCCGCCCUUCAAUCCGGUGCUUGAUGCUGAGGCGGAGCUAGAGCUGGAACUUAGUAGUUCUCUCUAACUGAUCUCACAUCUUGUUUUCGCAACUGUCUAGCGUCUUUCUCAGCACGGCCUACAAGUUUUGUUUGUCUCCGUUCCUCUGGCUGCGCUCUUUCUUUGUCAAAGUAGAAAAGGGAGAAAUGACGAAGAAGAAGGACAAAUAGUUCUCCCAAAUCAACCUCUUGUCAGGCAUAUCAAUCAAGCAUUCAAUCAGUCUCUCUUGGUAGGUGAAUAGGGCUCUCUGCUCUCUCACUACAAGGAAGCUGGGGUGGAACUAUUGCUGGAAGCUGCCGCUAAAUGUAAAGCAGGUAAGGGGAGGGCAGAAGACAUUAGUUGAAGAUAGAUAAGACUUGGUAGUCCCUCUGUGGCUGCACACAUUCGCUCGAGGAUACCGGUCAAACUGCGGACGGCGAAUCAAAUCCUAUCCUAUCCUAAUAUCGAGGAUGUGCCAGGGCCUUAGCAAGGGGGGGAGAGGCAAUGGGACUCUGAUUGCGUCAGCAGAGAGAACAGAAGAGGCACAUAGUUGCCAGCAUUCCAUUUGCGUUUAAGGUCUCGUGAUUAGAGAUUUCAUUAGAGUUUUGGAUCUGUUAACUAUGUGAUGUUGGCGGACGUGGAUGCGUGUUGGGGUAGCGAGCGGUGAACCUCUAGGAAUAGUCAAGGUGUUAUGCACGUUCCUCGAGCGGCGAACAUCUAGGAAUAGUUGUAGUUACAACAAGGUACAAGGCAGCAAAGGCACUUCUAGGCACGUUGGCCGAGUACGUGACCGACUUAGCAGGCGGUAGAACUGGAAGAUUUUUGGUUAGAGGAUUUGCUCAGUAAAUCCGUUGCUUGUGCGCACGAUGAGGAAGGCCUCUCUCAACCUGAACGAGGGUAGCGAUCAUAAUUAUAGGAGUAAAUCUGUAGACGAGCAAGCAGAUAGCUUGUGUCUUUCUUAGUUGGUUGCACUUCUCGCCUAGUUCAUCUAGUUGGGUCAAAAUGAUUGCCAACAAGUAGGUCCAACCUUCUAGUCAGGAAGGCUGUAGAUAUUGAGUCUAUGAAUGGAUUGUACGGCUCUUGUGGCCAUCAAACUCAAACAAUAGAGGUGUGUACAAACAACGGGCAUCGGUAUGUAAACGACAGUUAUAUGUAGAGAUGUCUAACAUCUUGUCCCGCGAUCGAUUGUCUCGACCUACAUACUAUACAGGGUACCAAGAGUAGUCCUAUGGGCAACCAAGACUCCUCUUCUAGUAUCCUAUUCUCGUCUACCAUCCUAUCCUGGUCUACCAUCCUUUCCUACUAGUUGGGAUAAGUUCGUUGCAUAAGAGUAUCUUUGACGGCGCAACCAAGAAAACUAGAGUACUAAUUUCUGUGAUAAGUAGAGCAAGAGCAAUGCUCGCUAGUUGUAUCUAGUGUUUUCUGGUUCCUGGUUGUGCACGAUAUCCCUCCUUUCCUUCUCAGAGCAUAAGAACUUGAGUUUAGCACAUCGUCCCUAUGAAUUUCUAUUAUGGUAGCGUCUGACGCUCUGGAUAUAGUGUUAGUUCCUGCACUACUCGUAGGAUGUAGUUUGAGGCGGUUCCAAUUUAGGCAAUAUGUGCAUUUCUAUAUAGUCUCCCUUGUGCGUUUUUCUGUAUUGACAAUUAUUACAAUCAUUCGAAUUAGUAUGAUUUCGACACAGUUCAUGUUUACAGCAACUCAAUCAAGAUGAAUUAAACGAAGAAAUUAUACAUCCAUUUAGAACUUAGUACUAGUAGACGCACGUUUAGAAGUAAGAAGUUGGGAUAACAUAGCAGCUCAGCUCCCAAAUACAUUUAGAAGUAGGUUAUCACGAUCAUAGCAGGAGCUGCUGAAGACGCUGCUGACACGAAUGAAUCACUUUCGAAAAAGUUACAAGAAAGUAUUCAUCAGAAAGCCAUAUAAACUUCCAAGAAUUUCGAUUACGU